AUGGCAAACCAAGCUAGUAGCUUCCCAAGCAGCCAUGGCAAACGUGUCUUUUCUGCGAUCCGCGUUCGUCGUUGCUGUGCUGCUCUCUCUCUCACCUGCAGCGCCAUCGCCGGCCGCCAUCUGCUCCAGCUGAAGGGCACUCUGAAAAGCUUUAAGGCAUAUUCCAAGCUGUACACUCCUAAUUAUGUUUUGGGAGGCAUGGCCACGCUGACUGCUGAAAUCGCGGCCACUACCCAGUCCACCUACUUAGAGAUCAGCGUUCGUGGGGUGCCCACCGAGUCGACUCCCACAUUCACCAACCCCGCCUACUAUUACACCGCCUCUGGCGAACAAGUGGCUGAGUUUCCGUGCACAUUCCAGCGAGACGCAAAAAGCGGCAAUUACCUCUGCACCGCUACAGAAAAUGCUGCACUCACAACUGCGUACGAGCCUGUCGGCAACGUCAAGAAGUUAAUCGACGCUAAAGUGCUCACGGAACCCAAGGCCUUAUUUUUUUCGUUCAAAGUUGAUGACGUGCUCGUGACAGCGAAUAUCUUGGUGGCUCCUAAGUGGUAUUACUAA